GGCAGAUGCGAUUCAUUCGGGGAUUUUGCAGAGUAUCAUUGUUUCUAAGCGCAUCAUCAAACCCACCCACGGGUACCUUGACUUGACCAACCUUUGUUCUCGUCCAUGGCGUCUACCCACUUGAGCACGCGAUUUCUCAGCAACAGCUUGAAUGCCAGGUUACUAAUCCCACGUGUUGUUUCAACGUCUCCUCUUGACUUAAAUUCGUCUUUAUUCCGUCAUCCAUCUCGAGGAUACCACUCUGAUCAGCAUCUUCAACAACGUCUUCUAUUGUCUUUCAUCGCCGCUACAACUCCCCCAAAUACCCAAUUGAGACCAAUAUCCUACACAGCAACAAUGGCAGGCACCAUCCGAGCUCUCGUCUCUCAAGGCGACAAGACCGCCAAAGUCCAAGAGGUCCCUAAGCCUCAACCCGGCCCAGGCGAAAUCCUGGUCAAAAUCUCCGCCGUAGCCCAGAACCCAACAGACUGGAAAGCCACAGCCGGCGCUCCCGCAGGCCGCACCGUCGGCUGCGACUUUGCCGGCACCGUCGCAGACCCCAACGGCUCCUCCCUGAAAGAAGGCCAGCGCGUCGCGGGCUUUGUCAUGGGAACCAGCGACGACCCGCCCCGCGGCGUCUUUGCGCAGUACGCCGUCAUCGAGAGCAGCCUCGUCUUCCCCGUCCCCGAGUCCGUGACGGAUUCUCAGGCCGCGGUUAUCCCCUUGGCCUUUGCUACUGCUGUUCAGGCGCUGUUCCAGCGAUCGGGACUUCCUGAGCCCACGAGCCCGAGCAAGGAAGCGAUUCCGGUCUUGAUUAACGGCGGAACGGGCAGUGUUGGGUUGUAUGCCAUUCAGCUGGCGAAGAAGGUUGGGCUGUAUGUCAUCGCAACUGGAGGCAAGAAGAACCACGAGCUUCUGAAGAGUCUCGGUGCGGAUAUGGUGAUUGAUUACCGCGACGCCGACUGGAUUGAGCAGGUCAAGAAGGCUGCGAAGAAUAACCUUAAGCACGUCUUUGACGCCAUCAGCGAAGUCGAGACCACAAAGGCUGUUGCGACGGCGCUCUCACCCGAGGGUGGCCACGUCGUCUGCAUUUUGCCGCGCAAGGCGAAGGAGGUUGGCGCUCCUGAGGGAGUCAAGGUCGAGAGCACGUUGGUGUACUCGGUCUUUGGAAGGGCUCUUACGUAUGGGGCCUUCGACAACAUUGAUGGCGAGAAGCCCGAGGAUAAGAAGUUCUGGGAGAAAUACCUAGGACUCCUGCCCAAGUGGUUGGAGGAUGGUUCCAUCAAGCCCAACCCGCAAAAGGAGUUUGGUGGUCUGGAUGAUAUCAACAAGGGCUUUGAGUUGCAGGCCAAGGGUGGUGUGAGUGCUGAGAAGCUGGUCUACAAAAUUGUUUAG